UCCCACCCCUAUUUGCUGAUGUCCCUUCCGUUAUGCAAUUUUGUUGGCGUUCAUUUCAACUCCCCACAAAAUCCCUCUCUAGCACCUGGCUGUCGCAGAUAAUGGAGAGUGAGAAGGCGAACGCACUCGAAGACAAAGGCUUGGCAAAGGGAAAACGCCCACUCGGAGACGACGGUGGUGGUGGUGACAUACCGGAAUCGGGGGAACGGCCAAAAGGUGAAGAAACAAAGCGACCAAAAUCUUCUACGAUAAUGGAGAGUGAGAAGGCGAACGCACUCGAAGACAAAGGCUUGGCAAAGGGAAAACGCCCACUCAGAGACGACAGUGGUGGUGGUGACAUACCGGAAUCGGGGGAACGGCCAAAAGGCGAAGAAACAAAGCGACCAAAAUCUUCCACGAUAUUGGAGAGUGAGAAGGCGAACGCACUCGAAGACAAAGGCUUGGCAAAGGGAAAACGCCCACUCGGAGACGACGGUGGUGGUGGUGACAUACCGGAAUCGGGGGAAUGGCCAAAAGGCGGAAAAACAAAGCGACCAAAAUUUUCUACGCUUUCUUCUUUGGAGAAGCUUUAUUAUCAGGAAUAUAUUGACCACCAAGAUUCAAUUACUUCUGACAAUGCGUUGGCUACAUCGACUCGCCAACUAGUGUCCAAGGCUUCAGAUGAUGAUCAUGUCAAAUCUCUUCUUAAUUUGAUCAUAUAUAGGAUGAGGUUGAAAUGGUUCGAGACUGAGCACUUAAUACUAAGGAAGAGAAUUAUGGAUGACAAUAUUCCUCUGGAUAGUCCCCUGAGAUCAUCCAUUGUUCCUUCAAUUUCAAUUCCAGCAGCAUGCCGGUAUGUUCUUUUUCUUUUGUUGGAUCUUUCUUAUCAUUUUCCUAGUCUCUCAUGCUUUAUGAAUCUUUUCAAAGAGGGGGUGUCCGAUGAAGAGCUUUGUCAAGAGUUACAAUUUGCUGUAGAAUCGAAGUCAUCUGUGUUGGGUGAGAGUUGUGUGAAUUCAGUAGCUGCACUAUUGAGUCGCUUCCAGGAUAAUUGUAGGAGGCUGAAGGAAUUAGAAGCCACCACUAAGAGCCAAAAAGAGAGGAAGUCAGAGGAUUUUGUUAGAGCCGCAUCAGCAAACACGAAUUUGAACCCUAUUUUGCGAAACCUGAAAUUGACCCCCAGAUUAGUAAUCCUGAGAUCGAUCCCUGGAACAGCGUACUUGGAGGUAGCUGUAGUUGAUCACAAAGGGCCUUCUAUAGGUAUUUCCAAACAUUCGGAUUAUAACUGUUAA